AUGGUAGAAGACUUAGACAAAGAAUAUGAAGCAUUAUUAGAGUAUGAUAGUGCAGAAGAUUUUUCUGAUACGGAUAGUAUAUCUGAUGAAAUUGUGGAUAUAGAAAAGGAUACGAACCUUUUUGUUGGUAAAUCUUUUCAAAGUUGGGAUCAUAUUGCAAAGUUCAUGAAAAGGUAUGCGACCGCUAAAGGUUAUGGGAUACGAAUUGGUGGUGGCAGAAAGAUCAAUAAAAUGAUAAAUGAAGUAAUAAAGCGAAGGUAUUUGUGUCGCCAUACUGGAAAAGCCAUAUUCAAACAAACAAUACAAUCAAAUGUGUCAUCUUGUCGAGUAGAAUGUCCAUGGCUAUGUCAUCCAUCAGCAAUGAACGUAACAGUACAAUACCGAAUUAUUCGAGAAAAGUUCAAGACAAGAAUAUACCGGCCUGAUCUUUAUAAUGCUAUCGAUAAAUUUCAUCGUGAAGUAACACCAGGCGAAAAGGAUACAGAUUUAUUGUUAAAGAGACUUCACGAUAAAAAAAUUGGAGAUUCACGAUGGAUGGAAUGCUUUGCUACAGAAUUAUCCACAAUCAAAAGACUAUUUGACGAAGGUGAAAAUGCUAUAUUAAAACGACUUUUCGGAAGUUCAAGUCUUUCAUUAUAUGAAUUAUUUAAUGCAUUAGAAGAAAGGUAUCAGGAAGAAAAUGAUUAUUGUGAAUUUGAGGAGCAAAUGAACUUAAGUCUCUGUUAUCAUGUUACAGAGAUUGAAUUUGAAAAUGCGCGUUCUAAAGAAAAUGUACUUGAUGAAUCAGACAGAUUUAUUGAUAACCUGUUUGACUUUCUACAAAUCCAUUUGAGUUCCUUUCCAGAAGAUACUUCGACUCGUUGGUAUAAAAAUCAAUUGCAAGGAAUCAACAUAUCAAAUAAUGAAUUUAUUAUCAUUUCCUUAAAUGCAUCAACAUCAAAGAAUUAUUCAUUACCAACUCGAUUUUUACAACCACUAAGUUUCGAUUCCAAUCAAAUCGGAGAAAUUAGGACAAUUAACGAUAGUAAUAAAAUAUCUAGUAUUAUUUUAAAAAAGCGCAAAUUCAGAGAAUUGUUUGGUUUAGGGAAAAAAAUUAUGAGUGAUGUUGUUGAAAAAGGUAAUGAGAACACUUAUCAUGAGGUUUUAGAAUUUUUUCGAUCUAUUCAGCAGAAAAUGUUACAACACAGAAUUCUUGGUAAUAGCGGAGGGAAUUUCAACACUCAGAAUGAUAAUAAAAAUUUAGAGAUCUGGAAUCCUAUUUUACGAAGACCGAAAGGUCAUCCUAAGUCAAAGAAAAUUAAUAGUAUUUUGGAAGAGCCUAAUACUAAGACAUAUAGAUGUAAGUUAUGCAAACAAUCGGAUCAUAAUAGCAAAACUUGCAAAGGAAAGGAGAAUCAAGUAGUUUGA